CUUCCGCCCUCCGCUCCGCAUUCUCAACAUCUCUCCACGAUCAUGGCCCACCCCCAGCGCCCAACAACGACGCUCGCGUCCGCCGAGUUUCCGCUCGACCCAGACUCGCCGCUGUUUGUCGCGCAAGCCGUCGUGCUCUCCGCGCUCGCCGGCGCCGGCGCCGGCGGCACACUGGGCUGGGCGCGGCGGCAGAACCCCUUCCAACUCGGCGUGAACAUGGGCAUCAACUUUGGCGUUGCGUCGCUGUUCUUCUUCGGAACCCGCGAAUACCUCGUGUCCCCCAUCCUCCUGGGCGCGCGCGCGACGCGCGCGCACGCGCGCCGCGCAGACGAGCUCGACGCCCGCCUCGCCGCCCGUCCCUCCGAGCAACCCACGACGCUGUGGGACGUGCGCACCGACCGCCUCCUCGACUCUGCGGUCGCGGCCGCCGCGGCCGGCGGCGCGCUGAGCGCGUUUACGCGCGGGCCGCGGACGCUCCUCCCCGCCGCAUUCACCACCGCGCUCCUCGCUACCGUCGGGCAGGGGCUCGUGAACCAGACCCGGGUGUGGCGGCUUGAAGUGUUGGCGAAGCGCGUAAGGGAGGGCGCGGAAGCGCGGGCGGACGAGCGGCCCGUCGAUGUCAUGGUCGCGUUUGAGGAGCCGGCCAAGCCCGCCGGCGAGCGGCGCGGCGACGCGCCCAUCACGGGCCGCGUGAUGAGUGUCCUCUCCCAUAUUUUGCCUGUCAAGCGCUUGAGCGAUGAGGACUACCUCGCGAGCCUGGAGAAGAAGCGGGCCGAGGUCGACAGGAGGAUAGCGGAGAUCGACAGCGAACAGCUCGCGAUGUGGACCAACGCGCAGAAGUAAUGCAUCUAGAUUCUAUAC